CUUGUGCCUCAUGCCGACAUUCUAUUUCUCUCCUAUCCACGUAUUCCCAUUUACUCCACUUCAUAAUCCACUCCGUAUUUUCUGUCACACCCACCAUCUGCCCCAGCUGACUGGCAGUACUUGUUUACUGGUGGAGAGAGACAGAAAGAGACGGAAAAGGGGGGAACCUGAGAGAGAGGUACCGCAGGCGGGGGGAGAGAAGUUUUUCGCUUUUAGCGGAUUCUCAUGCUGUUGAGCUUGUUUACCUUGCUGUCCUGUUUCCUGCAAACGAAAAAAUAAUAGAAUUUACCACCGAUCUACAAACCUCGUCGGGUUAAGAUUAGCCUGCAAGCUUUCUAAUCCGAAAGAAAUAGCCAGAGGAUACGGCGUGGAGUUUUCACACUUCGAAGCCUUGUGGUGGAAGCAGCGGCUUUUAUUUGUUUUGUUUAAAGUGUCUCGCGUUUCCUUUCUUGGCUGUUUUUUUCUUCCACAAAUCACUUUGGAACAGUAGCGAAAGAGUUCAAAGGAAGGUUGAUUCGCCGAAAAGGAAAAGCAAUCAGCACGUUUUUUUCAACGCGAUUCUUGAGGAGUUCCUGGGAUGUGUUUAUUUUUCUACUGGACGUUUUAACAAAACGAUCUUCCUGUAAUACAGGAAAGAAGUGGAAUACUUGGCAGUGUAUAAAACGCAGCGACCUGUGGAAUAAAACGUGCAAGCCUGUUGGAUAGCUAAACGCUAUCUUCGUCUAAGGUCGACAGAAGUUCGAAGAAGAACCUUGAUUUAUAACCAGAGGAACCAACAUUUCAAAAUUCGCAGUUGUCUGCAUGAAAUUAACGAAGUGUCCUCUGUAUAUUUAGCCUGAUUGUUGAGCGAAAAACGAUUAUUACAAUAAGAAUCUUCAAAUCGGUUACUAACUAAUCAGGGUAUCAGCAGUUAGCUACUAGCUACCCCUUCGGGUACCUCCUCACUAGCCAGCGGUGUGGGAUUUCUUUUUCUCGACUCAAGAAGGAUUUUGUCAAACAAACUUUAACAGAUGAAAGUGGAGGACAAUCCUAUCUAAGAGCAUUGAAGAUGAAACUUUUUAGUCGCUUAAAUGUUGCUAGAACCCAAGAUCACAUUAUUUAGUAGUGAAUUUUGCAGGGCGGAACAAUAAUAAAUAGUUGAUCAGACAUUGUAAAUUUUGAAACACAACCACGUUGGACCCCCGGCCCCUUUUUUGGGGGGCCGACUGGUGUUGUAUCUUUUUUUUUCUGAUUGGAUAUUAUUUGAAUGAAUUAGAUUCAUAGGCCACUUCAAAUACAUUGGAAUCGAAUUUUUGGUUGCUAUUUAUAAGCUUCCUCCACGUUUUGGAUAUCGCUAGUAACAUUACCGGAGUCAGAAUGCGGCUGCAGACCUCGGCGGUUGUUUUGGUCACUUUUAUCUACGCUGUCUGCAAUUGCGGGCAAACAAAUGGAGAAAUUUGCCCGAGCAAGGACAUUCGGAACAACGUGACCAACCUGCAGUCGCUGGAGAACUGCACAGUGAUCGAGGGCCACCUGAAGAUCCUGCUGAUGUUCAAGACCAGGCCGGAGGACUUCCGCGACGUCAGCUUCCCGCGCCUGACCGUCGUCACCGACUACCUGCUGCUGUUCCGCGUGUACGGCCUGGAGAGCCUGCGCGACCUCUUCCCCAACCUCACCGUCGUCCGGGGGAACAACCUCUUCUUCAACUACGCCCUGGUGGUCUUCGAGAUGCUGCAGCUGAAGGACAUCGGGCUCCACAGCCUGAUGAACAUCACGCGCGGCGCCGUGCGCAUCGAGAAGAACCCGGACCUCUGCUACCUGUCCACCCUCGACUGGUCCAAGGUCCUGGACUCGGUGGAGGACAACUACAUCGUCUCCAACAAGAACGACCGGGAGUGCGGCGACGUCUGCCCCGGCACGGCCAAGGGCAAGACCACCUGCAACCAGACCACCAUCAACGGCCACUUCAGCGCGCGCUGCUGGACGCAGGACCACUGCCAGAGAAUGUGCCAGUCCUCAUGCAAACACCGCGCCUGCACCAAGGACAACCGCUGCUGCCACGACCAGUGCCUGGGGGGGUGCACGGACCCGUCCUCCCCCAGCAAGUGCGUGGCCUGCCGCAACCUGAUGCACCAGGGCACGUGCGUGGACAGGUGCCCGCCGGGUCACUACACCUUCAAGGGCUGGCGCUGCGUCAGCUUCGGCUUCUGCCAGCAGCUGCACAACCAGUGCAAGCAGAGCAAGAGCAGCGACUGCCAGGAGUACGUGAUCCACAACGGCGCCUGCAUCCCAGAGUGCCCUUCCGGAUACACCACCAUGAACUCCACCACGCUGAACUGCACCCCCUGCGCGGGACUCUGCCCCAAGGUGUGCAUGGGGCUGAAGACGGUGGACUCGGUGACGGCCGCCCAGGCCCUGCGCGGCUGCACCGUGCUCAACGGCAGCAUGGUCAUCAACGUCCGCGGGGGGAAUAACAUUGCGACUGAGCUGGAGGCUAACCUUGGCCAGCUGGAGGAGAUCACCGGCUACCUUAUGGUCCGUCGCUCUUACGCCCUGGUGUCUCUGUCCUUCCUCCGAAAGCUGAAGCUCAUCCGUGGAGAGACGCAGGAGGUUGGGAACUACUCGUUCUACGCUCUGGAUAACCAGAACCUGCGGCAGCUGUGGGAUUGGAGCCACCACAAGCUGUCCAUCCUGCAGGGCCGCAUGUUCUUCCACUACAACUCCAAGCUGUGCAUGUCUGAGAUCCGCAAGAUGGAGGAGGUGACCGGGACCAAGGAUCUGCACACCAAGAACGACAUUGCCGUCAAGACCAACGGAGACCAGGCCUCCUGUGAAAACGAACUUCUGAAAUUCACGCAGAUCCGCACGUCGUCCGACAAGAUCCUCAUCAAAUGGGAACCCUUCUGGCCCUCUGAUUUCAGAGAUUUGCUGGGAUUUAUGGUCCUUUACAAAGAGGCACCCUACAAGAACGUGACGGAGUUUGACGGGCAGGACGCGUGCGGCUCCAACAGUUGGGUGAUAGCGGACGUGGACCCGCCGCCUCGCGCCACCGAAGGCAAAGAGCAGCAGGAGCCCGGGUACCUCAUCCACCCGCUCAAACCGUGGACGCAGUACGCCAUCUUCGUCAAGACGCUGCUGUCGGCUUCCGAUGAGCGCCAGGUCCACGGCGCCAAGAGCGAGAUAAUCUACGUCCGCACCAACGCCACCAAGCCGUCCGUGCCGUUGGACCCCAUCUCUUCCUCCAACUCCUCCUCUCAGAUCAUCCUGAAGUGGAAACCCCCUACGGACCCGAACGGGAACAUCACCCACUACCUGGUGUUCUGCCAGAAACAGCCGGAGGACAAUGACCUCUACAAGUUCGACUUCUGUCAAAAAGGGAUGAAGGUGCCGUCGCGAGUGCCCACGCACCUGGACAACGAGGAGGAGCAGAAGUGGAACCAGACGGACGAGCCGGGCCACGGCAGCCGCUGCUGCGCCUGCCCCAAGACCGAGACGCAGCUGAAGAAGGAGGCCGAGGAGUCCGAGUACCGCAAGACCUUCGAGAACUACCUCCACAACGAGGUCUUUGAGAUCAGAACGUCUCCCGCCAUGAGCCCAGCGUCCGACAGCGGGCCCUCGCGACGGCGACGGUCGGCGGUGGGCGUGGCCAACGGGACGCUGGCCCACUUCCUGACCACGGCGCCCAGCCUGCCCAACGCCUCCACCACCCGCAGCCCCAAGGAGGAGGAGGACGGGAGCAAGGUGCUCCUCACCGUCUACUCCAAGGAGUCCACCGUCAUCUCCAACCUCCGCCACUUCACCAGCUACCAGAUCGAGAUUCACGCCUGCAACCACCCCACAGACAACUCGCGCUGCAGCAUGGCGGCCUACGUCAGCGCGCGCACCAUGCCCGAGGACAAAGCCGAUGACAUCGCGGGCCCGAUCACCUACGAAAUCGCAGACAACCCGGAUGUGGUGCACAUCAAGUGGAUGGAACCAAAAGCCCCCAACGGCAUGAUCAUCCUGUAUGAGGUCAAUUACAAGAGACUGGGAGACCAGUCAGAGGAGCAGCAUCACUGCGUGUCGAGGAAGACCUUCGAGACCCACGGGGGCUGCAAGCUGCGCGUAGUGCACUCUGGGAAUUACACGGUGAAGAUCCGCGCCAUGUCGCUGGCGGGCAACGGCUCCUGGACGGAACCCACGUAUUUCUACGUGCCCGACAGGGCGGACCCGGACAUACUGAAAAUCGUGAUUGGCCCGGUCAUUUGCAUCAUCCUACUCCUGAUUGUGGGAGGCGGUGUCUUCAUGGUGUUCAAGAAGAAGCAAACCGACGGGCCCACUGGACCGCUCUACGCCUCCUCCAACCCGGAGUAUCUCAGCGCCAAUGACGUGUACGUCCCGGACGACUGGGAGGUGGCCCGGGAGAAGAUCACGGUGCUGCGGGAGCUGGGCCAGGGCUCGUUCGGCAUGGUGUACGAGGGCAUGGCCAAGGACAUCGUGAAAGGCGAGCCGGAGACGCGCGUGGCAGUGAAGACGGUCAACGAGUCGGCCAGCCUGCGGGAGCGCAUCGAGUUCCUCAACGAGGCCUCGGUGAUGAAGGCCUUCAGCUGUCACCACGUGGUGCGGCUCCUGGGCGUGGUGUCGAAGGGCCAGCCCACGCUGGUGGUGAUGGAGCUCAUGACUCACGGCGACCUGAAGAGCUACCUGCGCUGCCUGCGGCCGGACUCCGAGAACAACCCGGGCCGCCCUCCGCCCACCCUGAAGGAGAUGAUCCAGAUGGCCGCGGAGAUCGCCGACGGCAUGGCCUACCUCAACGCCAAGAAGUUUGUCCACAGGGACCUGGCUGCCAGGAACUGCAUGGUCGCUGAGGAUUACACCGUGAAGAUCGGAGACUUCGGCAUGACCAGGGACAUCUACGAGACCGAUUACUACCGCAAAGGCGGCAAGGGGCUGCUGCCUGUCAGGUGGAUGGCCCCGGAGUCUCUGAAAGACGGAGUCUUUACUGCUCACUCAGACUGCUGGUCGUUUGGGGUGGUCUUAUGGGAGAUCAGCACACUCGCAGAGCAGCCCUACCAGGGCCUGUCCAACGAGCAGGUCCUCAAGUUCGUCAUGGACGGGGGCUACCUGGACCGGCCAGAGAACUGUGCCGAGAGGAUGCACAGCCUGAUGCAGAUGUGCUGGCAGUACAACCCCAAGAUGAGGCCCACCUUCCACGAGAUCAUCGAGAUGAUGAAGGAGGACCUGCACCCCAGCUACCAGGACGUGUCCUUCUUCUACAGCGAGGAGAACAAGCCGCCCGAGAGCGAGGAGUUCGACAUGGACCUGGAGAACAUGGAGAGCAUUCCCCUGGACCCCACGUCCUCGUCGCAGCGCGAGGGCAGCCUGCUGAGGGACAAUGGGCCGUCCAUGGGCCUGCGGAGCAACUACGAGGAGCACGUGCCCUACACGCACAUGAACGGCGGCAAGAAAAACGGCCGAAUCCUGUCCUUACCCCGAUCCAGCCCUUCCUAACAUUUCCUCCUCCUCCUACUCCUCCUUUCCUUUCUCCUGUUUUGUAAUUAUAAUUUUAUUUUAUUAUUGUUCUCGCAGAGGCCCUUCAACAACAGAUCUCAGGACUUUUUUUUUUCCCUUUUUCUUCUUCUUCUCCUUCACAGCUGCCACAGCUCGAUGACACGGGACGCAAGACUUUUUGUAUUUGUUUAAAAAAAAAAAGAAAGAAAGAAAAUGCGUCUCGUAGCGUCAUCCAGAUAGUCCACUUCUCCUCUGUCUUUAUUUUAUUUUUUUAACAAUUGCCAAGUUUCCAAGACUGGUCAAUGGAGAAAAAAAAAACAAAUUAAAAAAAAAAAAAACUGUGAACACAAAUCCUCGACAACCAGAAGGCUGCUUACCUUCCACCUCUUCCGACUGUUUCAUCUCUCCCCUGUGACGUGUCUGUCUGUGUUUUUAAAUUACUUUUUUCAGAGAAAGUGGCCUUUUUUUAUCUGUGGCCUGUAAACAAGAGAAGUGUACAUGCUUGUCUUCAUUUCCUCUGAACAAUGAAAUAACCGUUUGGAACAGUUGGGCUGGCAUGAACUCUCUCUUAGUACAAACGUCUAUAUCCAUAGAGGAAAUUUCUUUUUUUUUUUCUUUUUUUUUUUUUGUUCUGCAGAAUUCCAAACUUCAUACAUAUUCAGUAGAUGUUUGGUCAUUAGUUUUAAUUUAUUUGCGUUAUUUUCCUUUUUUCCUUUCUUUCAGUUAUAUGUCUAUUCUCACAUCACAGCUGAAGGAUAUUUAAACAGUUUGGACAAAAGAGUUCCUCAGAUUGACCAAUAGCUGCUGCUUUGAUAUAUAUUUUAGUGGGUAUAGAAUAUUACAUAUAUAUACAUAUAUGUGUGUAUGUAUAUGUAUAUCAAAUAUGGUUUUUUGUACAUAGCUGAUAUUUGUAAUGUUUUCUUCAGAAGCUUUGCUGGUUAUAGAGAUGUUUUUACAUUUCUGUCAUUUAUCUUUUUUAUUUUUUCUAACCCAAAAAUCACACUAAUUCACCUUAAAACCUCUCUCUUUUAUGUGCCCUCUGUACUGUCCAAAAGUCAGAUGUUUUCUGGACACAUUUAGCCUGAAAUGUCAGCCCAAAAUUUUAAGACCAAAUAAAAUCCCGGUAUAUAACACGAGCGCGGUGAGCUAUAUUCAUCAAGAGCGGGCGGAGACGAGCGGUCAAAGAACGGUGUCGCUUAUCCCGGCACGUUGCAGACGAGCGGUGGUCUCGCUUUAUCAAAGCACACCGACCGUUUUGUUUCUGUCGAUAUGGCGAUUUUGUUUGGUCUUGGAGAGUUUGGACGAUGCAUUUAACUUCCACGUGUUGUCUUGUUUGUCGGUCGUUGUAAUGGAGGCUGUCGUUUGUGAUUGCGGUGAACUCUUGUCAGGCUGAGCGGUUGUGUCAUAGUGUCUGCGCUUGCGCUGGUGGUGGUGUUUGUGGGAUUCGGGGGGGGGGGGGGGGGGGGUGUGCGAUACAGACCUGAGAACCGGCUCAGUGCUCACGUGCUGCCCUCACGCCGUCUUGUCUGUGGAAGUACUUCCUCCUUCCUGGUUUUCUGUUGUCUGCUUCCUGUCACUCACCGUAGAUUGAGUCAGUCCCGCUGAAUUCAGCAAGGCUUCAGAGGCACUUCCUAAAAAAUAAUUCUGCCACAAGCGCAACGCUACUUUUUUCAAGGAGAUUUGAUUGUAUCGUCCCACAUUCAUGGAGGUGUGCGUGAACGGGAGUCUUCUUGUGUUGCUUGCUGGCAUACGGAAGGGGAGUUUAGAUUGGGGUCAUCCCCACAUUGUACAGUCGCUUUUGCAUGGUCCUGUGGACCCCCCAUUUUAGUGCCCGGUCACCACAGCUGGUGGCGUAGCGAGGGUUUUGUGGGGUGAGGCUGUAGCGCAGUUGGGUCCAGGCUCUCUGUGAGAGAGGCGCUGGAGGGCUGAGAGUCCAGUACUGCCCGUGUCAUCCAUCUCUGCCACUCUCCUGUUCUCCAGGCUAACUUUGCCCCAGAGAGGAAACGAUCUUGAAUCAGUUUGCUUUCCUGUUGUCAGAGACCAUUUCCCACCACACCCGACCCCCCACCCACCUCAACCGCACACCCCAACACAAACUUCCAGUGAAGAAAGAUUCCGUCUCCUGUUUCUUUCAGACACCUAUUCCAGACAACCUAUUUUUUGCGUUCAAAGCCUCAAGACAUCAGUUUAUUUUCAGCCGUGUUUCACUGCUGACGUAACUAAAUGCUGCAAAGCAGUUACACCCGGUACCUUUGGCAGCGAGGCGUCGCUUUCUGUCUCGAUACGCAUCGCUGUCCUCUGUCCUGUUCAGAUUCAGAUUCCUUGUGUCUGUGGGUCUCAGUCCAAGGCUUUGGUGCUCUCAGAUGAGCGAAGGUAUUCCUUUACGCAGGCUUCACGGGUGAGCAGACUCUCCACUCCCUUCCCUACGGUUAAAGAAAAGUGUUUCUGCUUUUAAGUAGAAAUUGGUGGGAAUCAACAGAUGUAAAUUCAGACUUAGAGAACGAGGCCAGGCCAGGCGUUCCGUACACAUGCAAAAACAUUCCUGUGAGCUUUUACCAAGAUAUAGCCUAUUCAGUGCAUCUUCAUUAUGCAUGAUUCGCAAAAACCGUACCUGUAAAAACCUCAUUUACAGUAUAUUGUAAACUCAAACUGUGGUGAUUUAAAAAGUUGCUUUAAUCUGUAGAAAUCAAGCCUAUGCAAUAUUUCCUUUGAUGAACACAGGCAGUCCCUGGGGGAAAUGCAUGCGUUGUAAUCGCGUAGGUUUGAUUGGUUUCUCGUCCCGAAGGCAGGAUCGAGCCAUUCUCUAGCCCCAGCUUGAAUAAGGGACAGUCUCGGAGGGAAACGCACGGGAGAAAAGGGGAAGUGAUGUAAUUUUUUUUCUUCAUAUCUAAAGCAGUGAGCCGCGUUAGUGUCGUUGUAGGUGCGUUGUGCGAAUCGUGUUCAUUAGUUUCCCAUCGUUUGCACGUUCUGUAAAUGGCUGACGCAUUGAUAUCGCCGACAGAUGUACCCGCUGCGCGCCUCUCCCUGAGCUUGUGUGCACUCGCGUGCUUUCGUGUGCACACAUACGCACUAGCGACCUGUGGUAUACGCUGUGCGAACCUUGCUCUUCCGUUCACCAGCUCUUAUAACCGCGAAACCUGACAUAACCUUGUCAUGCCACACUUCCUCUGGUUACCUCUCGAGUUGAUCGGCAAGCUGCAUUUAAAGAGCAAGGGUCGGAUUCGAGGCGUAUUUUUCCUGCUUGCUCGUGUGUAAAUGUGUGUAAAUGCGACUUUCAGCCGUAAGCUAGUGAAAACAAACUUGUAUCGCAAAUUUAAAAAUGAGUAUGCCGCAUUUAGUGGCAGCGGUAGACCUUACUUUUGGUUGACACACAUACUGAGUCAAUCUCACAUUCAAACGCAGCCUAUGUAUUUCAUUCCCAUGGGUAACUUCAGCCUGAGAGACGGUCUAGUGGGGCAAAUAUUGAUGACAGGAAAUCUUUAAAAAAAACAUUUUCUCAGCACAAGGAGGUUGUUUUGGUUCUGUUUACUGUAUCAGUCGGAUGUGCGUGACAAGGCCUGCCAAGUUCAUAUCACCCUAGCUGUGCUUUCAUAAUGAGACUGAUUGAAACUGACUCCACUUCAUAGGAAAUGCAGUUCUACUGGCCUACAGCUACACUCGUCUCUUGUAUUCUUUCUCUUUUUGCUAUGUAUAUACUGUAAAGAAUUUAUCUUAUGUGGUGCCUAGGUCUCUUUUUUAAGAUCAGAAAAAUGUACUCUAAAGGAAUACCCUCACAGUUCUACAUACACUACAGUAGCAGAAAAAUGUCAAAUAUAUAUAUUUGAAAAUACAAAAGAAAUCACAAUUUUGUAAUUCAAAGGAUUAUCUUAUAUUUGGAAAGACAGAUAUUAAUAUUUUAUUUAUUUUAAUAUGAUAUUAAUUGUAAAAAAAAAAACCCAAUUAGCAUUUUUAAAAAUGUUUUUUAAUAAAAUCAGUAGGUUAGGUUAAAAAAAAAACGAAAAGGAGUUGAGCUACAGGUGAAAAGGAGGGAGGUGGUGCGAUUUGUUGUUUUUUCGUUUGUUGUUUUUGUUGUUUCUCGUGCGUUUGUUCGUUUCGGGCACAGUCUACCUCAUUGUGUUGUGAAAUUUCAGUAAGAGCCCGGCUCGUCCCUGGAUGCCGCGCGCAGUAUUCCAGUCCUGGUCUUCAGUCAGCACACAGGGGUCAGGGAGUGCAGCGCUUGUCCUGUCAAUCUAGACACUGAUAUCAUCGCCUUCCAGCCAAGUCCAAAUUCCUCUCGCCAAGACCUCAAGAAUGUUCAUCUGUCUGGAGACAGAACACAACUUUUUGCUGUCUCUGAAAGGGAAAAAGAGUACGCUGAUUUGACAUUGAUUAUUUCCCCCCACAAACAGGCUAAGAAUUGGAGAAAAAAAAAUCUUUUGUUAUACCAUGUUUGAGCUGUACAAAGUGUAAAUUGUCUUUUCAAUCGAAGCUAUCUGAUUUUCUCAAUUUGUUGCAUUCAGUCAAUAAUCUUGUUCAAAUUCUAUAUUUAUAUUGGCAACAAUAAGAUUUUAUGCCAUAAUUAUUUGUAAGACCAUGUUGAUUUAUGGUAAUUGGCAAUCGAUAUUACAUUUGUUAAUUCAAAAAUUUACAGUACAAUCCUGAAGGUACUGUAAAUCUGUGCCAUAAUUUAGUGUGAGAACACUUUAUGAAAACAAGGUGGACUGACCGUUAAGAUGAAAAAAAUAUACUAAACUGAAGUGGAUUUGUGGCCAUUUUGAGGUACUGGUCUGCGUGUCUAGUUGACGUCACUUGAUGUUGUUUUAUAUUGUACGCUAUGCUCUUGUUCUGUUUAUUCACCUGUUCUCCGCAAACAUACUGGGCUUCACGCAGGCCUCCUGCGAUAUGAGAUUUAUAUUUUAUGAAGAGCGCGUCAAGCUCCUUUUGGAUUAGCCGUUUGUUAGCUACACCGAUCCUGUUGAAAGCCUGGUUGCGGCUUCUAAGCUUGGCUUCUCCCAGCAGCCUCUGCCUCAGUCCAAGGUUGAAAUGUGUUAUAGCCAGAACAGAAGAUGUCUGUCAUUUGUUUAGACGUGCUGUAGAUAGUUUACUGGAAGACACAUGCAAAGAAAAAAAAAAACCCUCAGCUAAUUUUGUGAAAAACAGCUAAAAAAGCUUGGCAAGGAGCGGACUGUUUUCGGAAACUAUCGUACAAAGGGCCCUCUAUCAACAGUGUGUCUGGGCUGACCCUAAGUGCGUCUGUGUCUUGGAGCAGGAACUUACCCCCAGUCAACAAGCCUUUAGAAUUUGUCUCUCGACUAACACUGACCCCGACACCCCCCCAGGCGGGUUUCCGAGCUACAGAGACAGCCUGAUGAACGUGUCUGUUCCCCCCUGCUUGUAAAUAUUUGUCGAAUACUUAAAAAGAGAUGUGUUCUGUGAAAAUACUGAAAUAUGAGCGUUUGCUUUUUCUCUGGAUGGAAGGGCUAGCAGAGUCCCGUGUCCAUGAAGCAUAUCCCAUGAUUAUCAGCGCGUGAAAGACGCUGCCGAGAUGUACAUAGCUUAGGCCACACCUCACUAUUAUCUCACUAACUUGUAAAUAAGGGCGUUUUGAAGCUUCCAUGAACAUCCACAAUCACCAGCUAAGUGUCACUAUGACCUCGAAAAAAUGGCAAGCGACAACACUGCAGUACCCUUUUACAUCUCCUGCAGUGACUCACCUGGGCAAGCAUUCAAAAUUUUAAAAAAUGAAUUUAAAAAACUGUUCCCCAUGAAGGUGGGCAAAAUAAACUGAAAUCUCAGUCUCAAGAUAUGGGGCCUUCGAUGUGUGGUCCAAAAAAUAUAAUUCUUUAUUUGUUUUUAUUUGUCAUUUGUUUUAAUAUAGUGUUUUUCUUUUCCUUUUUUUAAACUGUGAAUAACAAGAAUCACCUGAUAGAAAUGCCAAGGUUGGAGGAUAUGAACACUGCAUGUCUCCCGAACUGACGUCUGCUAACUGAAUAUUCCCAAAGAGAUUUGUACUAGGACAAUCUUGUGUGCCAUAAAAAAGAAAAAAAAGAAAAAAAAUUUUGUUGAAAAAUUGAUGUUGUGAUUGAAAAUUUCUCAGGGAGGCAUGUGCUGGGAGGGAGUGAGAAAGCAACCUGGCAAAGUCCCACGCUGGGGGGGUAUGAUUUAACCCUCCAAACUUUUCCCUUCAAAUGAUUUUUCGAUGACGAGCUUUCCCUCCGUUGUUAGCGUUGCUGUGAUUUGAGGCCUGCUGGGAAACGGAGCAGCAGAGCAGUGAGCGUGUGCAGCCAGUGCGGUGACCCACAAUGCAUUGCACCGUCUCGCAUGCCCCUCUCAACCACACACCCCACACUUAAAUCCCCCGGAUUGGACAGUCUUCAAAACCUUCCUCUGGAAAAUAGAAUAAAACCGCUUUGUCAAAGGAAAUACUGGAGUAUUACCAUAUUGUGCUUUUUAAGACAGAAGAGAGACUUCUUUAUUUGUACUUACAGAAAAAGGCCAAUUUUAGGUUAGCACAUCUUUCUGCUUGGCUCAAUAUUACUGUAUUUGGAUAUGUGAAUGAUUUUUCAAGUUUAAAAAAAAAAAAAAGUUGAACUUGUCUCUACUUGGCUAAGCCUGGCUUGCUUUGUGCAUGAAUUGAACCAUUAUAAACUUGUACAUUUGUCAUGGCUGAGACUCCUCAGAGUGACAUUAUUUCGAUUCCCCUCCCCCCCCCCCCCCCCCCUUCCCCCAAGCCCACCCCCCUCCCCCAGCCUAUACAGCACAAGUCUUAAUUUACCAGAUUUGCAACAUUUAAUUACAGGACAUAUCAUCAAAUGCAUAUUAUUCUGCAUUUUCCAAUGUAAAUGGAAACGUUUCCCCCAAAACAAGAAGCACUUACAUUUGGGAACCCCUGAGCUUGUUUGAACUCUAAUGUCCUGAAACCAGUUUGACAGAGCAAGUUAGAAAUGCAACGCAGGUUGAGAUCAAGGCAUUAUAUGUAUUGUAUUGUUUUUAAAGUAAGGAAGAAAAAAGUAUUACAUUUUAGAGAUGUUAAUUUCUAUUUUUUUAGCCAAAAUAGGGAGGGCAAAUACAAUGACUUUUCUGACUGUAAACUUUUACUACUCUUGUACAUUAUUAAAUUUAACAUUUAAAUUUGUUAUCAAUGUAUAUAACUUUUACUAAAUAAACCAAGUUUGAUGUCCUUUGCUCAUGACGCUACCCCACUUAGAAAAGAGCAUAAAAAAGACUCAUUGGAUAUGUAGCCUGACCUUUAUCUGACCAUUUCUCACCUCUCCUUUGUUUGUUUCCCCCGUAGCUCGGUCUGUGCACCAGCUUAUUCAUGAGUUUGCUGUCCAAGAGUGAAAGCUAAAUAAAAUGCAAAUUUGUAUCCCCUGUAAAGUUUGUAUAUCACCCACUGCAAGUACGGAGAAAUUAUUGCUCAGCCUUUUAACGGCCUUCAUUAAGUGACACGUUCUGUUUUAUGUUCGCUUUUCAAUGUGGAAAACUGGAAAAGACCACUGGGCACUCCAGGAAGGGAAAUGCAAAUCAAGCAAUUAGUCAAAUGAAAUAUUUAUGCCAGGAGAAGAUGCAGUCCUGGUGUAACGUGGAGGCACUGUUAGUGACCGUUUUACAUGGGCCCGAACAGAGUGAACGCCACACACAGUGCAUGUAUGCUUUACCGAGCUGUGGUGCCACUCGUCUGUAAUUUCAUGAAAUGUGUGUGAUUGUAAAUGGUAUGCCAAGACACAACCACUUUUAAAGCAUUAUUGGUCAAAAACUGUCCAUCUGAAUUUUUUUACGGUGGAAUGCGUCUUGGCAGAGCACCAAGUUGUCUUGUCUUUCUGUAUUAAAGGUUUAGUCAAUGUUGCUGAAAUGUGACCAUGUGACUGCGGGCGGGUGCUCGGAUGAGAAUGAGGAGGGGGGGCGAUGGGGUUAGCUUUAGGGGUCAGAUGGGCGGGGCCUCAGUGGUCUGCUCCAGUUUACACGGCAACAACUAAUGUAUUUUGCCCCUGUGCGUCUCUUUAUACAUGGAGUUCUGUACUGUCAUUGGUUAAAUCUUGCCAUAGUUUUAUUUGUGUUCUGUAAUUGCUGCUCCCUUUCUCUGUGCACAUGGAUAGUCCCAGAAUGCUGUGUGUAGUCGCAGGAUACCUCUUCAUUUAAUGUAUGUCAUAUAUUGUAUAAGAUAUAUUGAUAUACUAUUUACACAUCAUAUAUACCUUGUUUCUCAUAUAUACAUAUACACAUGUAUACUUUCACGUGUAAAUGUGUAUAUGGAUUGCCCACACACAAACACAAGCAUCCCCACACUGGAUCAAGAUGUGCUUUUAUCCAUGUGUUUAUUCUAUAUAUCAUAUUAACAGUCGCCUACACGGACACACACACACACACACACACACACACACAACACACAUAUGUACAGGAUCAAAAUGUGCCAUGAUUAAAUACCGCUUGACAAUUUAUUUUUUCUAUGUUUUCAAGUAGAGCCAAGCAGUGACAUGUACAGAAAAUGUUGGAAUGAUAUGAAAAUAAAUCUUGCUGUGUGUAAAUUAUUCAACAAUUAACUGUUUAUAUUAAAAUUAUGAAUAAAAUUAUUGGAGAAUA